UGCUAUAAAAAAGAAAGAAAGAGAAUAGAGAAGGCGUUGAAAGGUGUUGAGGCUUGGCUCAACUCAAUUUCCCACACAACACGCAUCCGAUUCGGAGCAAUCUCUGUUUCAUCUUCUUUCUUUCUGAUUCUGAUUCUGAUGGGUAUCUCGUGGAGUGGCAACAGCAGAAGAAGAAACAAUUACCUCCAAAACCGACCACCACCCCCUUCUUACUACUACCCUCCUGAAUCCCACCCUCCUCCUCCGCCACCGCCACCACCACCACCGCAGUCUCAAGGCUACUUUCUCCCUUCAACAACCCCCUACGCCCCUCCCCCUCCCUUGCCUCCACCACCAGGUCCUCCCCAAAGCCACUCAAUUUCGUUCUAUUACAACUCCAACCCCAAUUCCUACGGCACUCCCACUCUCGCCCCUCGAUUUCACUACCAGCAUUACUACCAGCCCCAUCCCUCCGCGUGUCCCGCCCCUCGUCCCGCCUCCACCACUCCUCCGCCCUACGUCGACCACCAGACCGCCAAGAAGAUAAGGAACUAUGUCAAUGUCCACAAAGACACCCUGCGCCUCGAGGUCGACGACCACAACCCCGAUCACCAUCUUCUUUCCUUCGUUUUCGAUGCUGUCUACGAUGGCAGCAUUACUAUCUUAUACUUUGCCAAGGAAGAAGAAAAAUGUAGGUUUGUUCCAUUAUAUCCUGAUGCAUUUCAGCCGGUCAGAAUCCCCUUUCAGAAAGGAGUUGGCCAGAAAUUUGCUCAGCCUUCUGGAACAGGAAUUGACCUAGGCUUCUUUGAGUUGGAUGAUCUUUCAAAGCCCUCACCCGGAGAAGAUGUCUUUCCUCUUGUAAUAUGUGCUGAAACAAGUUUGAAAACUACCUCAGAAGAUGAAACUCCUGGUGAUUCCUUGCUAGAUGCAUCCCCUCACAUGCAAAUAACUCAAGGUAUCUUAGAGAAAAGUAAUGGUGCUGGUCCAUUCCUAAUAAAAGUAGUUAAGCAGAUUUUGUGGAUUGAUGGUGUUCGUUAUGAGUUGAGAGAGUUAUAUGGAAUAGGAAACUCAUCCACAGAUGAUUUUGAUGACAAUGAUCCUGGGAAGGAGUGUGUCAUAUGCAUGACUGAACCAAAGGAUACUGCUGUCUUACCUUGUCGACAUAUGUGUAUGUGCAGUGAGUGUGCAAAUGCUCUUCGACAACAAUCCAAUAAAUGCCCUAUAUGCCGGCAGCCUAUUGAGGAACUUAUAGAGAUCAAGGUGAACAAUGGUGAUCAAUGAGAUUUUUUUCUUCUGAUGCUAAGUUGCAUGACAGUCCCAAUAAAUUCCUUCUAAGAAAAUUCACCCCCUUUAUACAUGUCUGCAGUCAGGUAUUAUAUAGCAAUUUUUUUUUUUUUGUAAAUUGUAGUCAAUAAUCUGUUUAUAGUUUUUGUGUGAUGUGUUUGAGGGAAAAUUAGAUCAUUAGUGAUCAAAUGUUUUUCCUCCCGUAUCAUCUAUUGUACAGGUGAUCGUUUUUCCAUAGUUUUUGUCUUGAUGGUUUGAUGCAUAAUGAAUUGUGUUUGAAAGUUAUCUCAUAUUUUAUCAUAUAUAAUAGAUGUUUGAAACAAAUUCUAGGUGUUGGGUGUUCUAAUUAGUGUGAUGUAACAUAUUGAUUAAUGUGAUGUAAAUUAAUCCAGAGUUGUUCUUCCACCCAUCCCAUUUCUCAUUAUUUUCCCAAACAUAAACCACGAUAUAGUGUGUUUGAUUUCCCAUUUCAAAGGCUCCAAAUGGCAUUUCAAGCUUUCCCAGGCACCCAGCGGAGAAGCAACAAAGCUGCUGAAGAAAAAAACACUGAUAGUGGUUACGUUCAACCGAAUGAUAACCCAAACACAGUAAGCCAUAGUGGUAUUUUUGUGAGCUAUUAUCUGUUACAAGGUACUGUUUGGUUGGAAGGACGAAGGAGGUACGAAUGGAAGAAAAAAGAAUCCAUCUAAAUGUA